GAAAGAGGAGGUGCUCAGCAAAUUUCCUAAACAUACUUGACUGUGGUCAAGACAGGACUCGUGCAGACCUCCAGAUCCAUGCUGAAGUCUUCAGCUACUAUCUCGGGUUUUUGUUUAGCAAUGGAGUCUUUCUCUGCGGAGACCAAUUCAACUGACCUACCAUCACAGCCCUGGGAUGAACCCCAAGUAAUUCUCUCCAUGGUCAUUCUCAGUUUCACUUUCCUACUGGGAUUGCCAGGCAACGGGCUGGUGCUGUGGGUGGCUGGCCUAAAGAUGCGACGAAGUGUGAGCACGGUUUGGUUUCUCCAUCUCACCUUGGCUGACUUUCUCUGCUGCCUCUCCCUGCCCUUCUCCCUGGUCCACUUGGCUCUCCACGGACGCUGGCCCUACGGCUGGUUCCUAUGCAAGCUCAUCCCCUCCACCAUUGUCCUCAACAUGUUUGCCAGCGUCUUCCUGCUGACCGCCAUUAGCCUGGACCGCUGUCUUUUGGUACUCAAGCCAAUCUGGUGCCAGAAUCAUCGCAACGUGGGGGCAGCCUUCACAAUCUGUGGAUGUAUCUGGGUGGUGGCUUUUGUAAUGUGCAUACCUGUGUUCAUAUACCGGGAAACAUUCACUAUAGACAACCAUAGUAUGUGUGGCUACAAUUUUGGUCUCUACAGAUCAUUAGAUUAUUCAGACUUCAACUUUGAUCUACUGGAAAACGGGUCUCUUGACAGCUCCAUUGUUGAGCUGCCUGAAGAAAUGGAUGAUCGGUUAGAUUCUUUCUCUCAACAAACAAAUGCUUGUCCCUGGGCAGCCACUGCUGGCCUCUGUUCUCAAAUAUCUCAAAGAACUUCUGGACAUUCACCCCCUACGGAUUCAGCUAGAUUAUCUGUUCAACAUCCAUAUGAUAAUGUAUUUAAGCCAGCUGAUGAGCUCUCAGCUACAAUCCCCAGUGAUUUUCCCAUUGAAGAUCGCAGAACUAACCCACUGGAGAACUCUGAGGCUCUUCUUCCUGCUGAUUUAGACCUUUUCGCUAGUGCCUCCGGCAACUCCUCAUACACAUCGGAGCUAUUGGAAGAUUUCCAGGAUGAUGAUUUAGGCCAAUUUGCAUACGGCCAUCAAGUGCCAACACCCCAGGUAGCAAUAACCAUCACUAGGCUAGUGCUGGGUUUCCUGUUACCCUUUAUCCUCAUGGUGGCCUGUUACAGCCUCAUUAUCUUCCGAAUGCGUUGGAGCCGCUUCACCAAGUCUCGGAGCAAAACCUUGAGAGUGGCUAUGGUGGUGGUGGCUGUCUUCCUCGUCUGCUGGGCUCCGUACCACAUUGUUGGAACCCUCUUACUGUUUAUUGACCCAGAAACUCCCUUUGGGGAAGCUCUGUUGUCCUGGGACCAUGUGUCUCUUGCUUUAGCAUCUGCCAAUAGUUGCUUCAAUCCCUUCCUCUAUGCCCUUCUGGGGAAAGAUUUUAGGAAAAAAGCAAGACAGUCCAUGCAGGGAAUUCUGGAGGCAGCUUUCAGUGAGGACUUGACACACUCUACCAGCUGCCCCCCAAACAAGGUCUCUUUGGAAAAAAACAGCAUCGGUACAGUUGUGUGAAAAUAUGGAGCAGUUGACCCAACCAGAGGUUCUUAGGCAUUCACCCAGCGCAUCAUAUUUCUAAAAAGACGACAGAGAUAGGGAGCAGGGGAUUUCAGAAACUGUCAGAGAAUCAAUCCAGAGGGUCUUAAAGUGUGGUCCCAGGCUAGUGGCAUCGGUAUCACCUGGAAAGUUGAUAGAAAUACAAAUUCUCCAGCCCCACCAGAGACUUGCUGAAUCAGUCUCUGGGGGUGGGGCUCAGACAGUGUUUUCACAAGCUCCCUUGUUUCGGAUGAAUGCUAAAUUUGGGAAGCAUUGUAAAAAUUAGUCUAUUUCUAUCUCAAACAAAGCCACGUGAAAUAAAUGCGAAGGCAGUCUCCUUUAAAAUGUUUCCAUCAUUAAAUUUCUUUCUAAUUUCCUUCCAGAUUCAAGUUAAAACCAUUUCUUCUAGUCCUACCUGAGUGAAAGGUGAUCAUUUAUUCUAUGGCUUUGUUGUGGUGAUGGUGGUGGUGAUAGUUUUAAAUGAAAAAAAAAAAAGGUGCAAAAAGAAAGUCUAUAAAAACAAGGAGUUAUGAGUCUGAGUCUGGAGCAGAGUACAAUGCCAGAUGCCUGCAACUUGGAAUACUCCUGGAUACAGGACGUAGGAAUUCUGAGUUUCCAUUAUUACAACUAAAUAAGCAUCUAUUGUGUAAAGACAGACUACUUAGGCAUCUAAAGACUUUCUCAUGAAACAGUAUGUAAGCCACAGUUCGGGGAGUUUCUCUCUUCCCUCUGUUUGCUCUAUCUGCCUAUUGAUAGAAUCAUCUCUCUUUCAUUCCUUUUCUUAAGCUCCUUAAUUCCCUUAUUCCUCCCCUGCCUCUAAAUCUUCUUCCAGACUUUAUGCCUCUAAUAACCAAUAGUUUCAUAAGAUGCAAAUUACUCCCCUCCUCUAGCUCCACAUUGGUACUUUCCAAGAAACUCAUUUCAAAUGAAAGGAGAAAGACGGUGGAGGAUAGGGCAGUUAUUCUUGAAUUCACUGCAAUGUAACUGAGUACCCUCUGGGCACGUUAUCCAACUUUAAAAGAAAACAUGACUGUAGGUGUGUAUCUUUCAUGCCGUAAUUACCAGAUAUAUCUUUGGGUUUUUUUUUUUAAUUAAUCUUUAUCUUUACCAAAGUAAUACAUGCACAUAACUUAAAGAGAACCUAAGGCUUAUAAUGAAAUCUAACAGGUUUCCUGCCCCACUCUGCCCAGCCCCUCCUUCCUCCCACUCCCACUUCCCAGGGAUAACCUUUGAAACGAUUUUAGAUGUUUCCUCUGAUAUUCACCAUGAUAUUUCUAAGUCAUGACCUUAUGCUGCUAGUUUUUGUAGACGUGAUAAAAUGACUUCUUGUUUUGAAAGAUGACGAUUUUUAUCCAAACACAUUCGUAUUUUUUGUUUAUUCAGCAUCCCAAUAUUCAUUACCCAUCAUCCUUUAAAUUUGUUCACGAUCACACAUUUUCUUCUACUUUGUCGACCCAUUCCAACCCCCCUUCUCUUUCUCUUUCAUUUUUUUCAGAAAACAUUAUUAAACCCCCAUCACCUUCUCAUUUUUCUCUGUAUAUAAAGUUUUAUGUGUUAAACCUCUAAAUUUUCAGGUUUUGUUUGUACUACAACAUAGCUCCACCUGUGUACAGUGAUUUAAUCCGAAAAAUAGAAAAUGAGAUGUCUUAGACUUUACAAGGCACUAUCCUUUGUUCAGUGGUUGAGGGGAGGGUCUGGACUACAAAUAAGUUAUAAAGUACUAUGUGGAAAAGUGUCAAAUCACUAGGAAUGCUUUCAGUUGUGCAGUAAUGAUAUCUGACAUGAUGUGAGAUUUGCCAUGCUACCUUCCAAUUUAAUCUGAUCAUAUAUUUGAUGUGAAUAAAUGCUUUCUUUCUGAA